AUGGCAAACGCAUUGCUGAUGGCAAGUCAGCGAUUUCUCGCACGGAAACGACGCUGCAGAUUGCCAGCUUUUUGGAACCGACAGUUUUCUACUUCUCACCUUAGAUCAGCGACUCAUGAAAUCAAUGAGCCUAUCGAAGAGGAGUUGUUUCCAAGCAAUCGACUCAGAUGCUUCCAUCCGACUCACCCUGGCGAGAUACUGAAUGGCAGGUUCAAGACGAUUUCCAAGCUCGGCUUUGGCGCUUGUUCUACUGUUUGGCUGGCUGAGAAUCUCAAAUUCAAAAAACAGAAGGAAUCUUUGAUUCCUCGAUUCGUCAGUAUAAAAAUUGCGACUCUCGAUAGUAAUGCAUCUUGGGAGGCGAGCUUAUCAAAGAUGAUCAACGCCCAACGCCCACACGAUGGUCUGGAUUUCAUCCGGACGCCUAUCGAUGAGUUUCAUGCCGUCUCAUCCAUACAGGCAAGGGAUCGAAGAACCUCUAAUGACCCUACCGCUAAUGAAAACCCACCAGAUAUCAAGGGCGAGAACAUCAUGAUAACAUUUGAAAAUGACACUCUCUUAGCCGACUAUGCCAAUUACCAAACGAGUGUCCCCCAGUGGAGGCAUAUCCGAAGUGAAGAUGGUCGUGUGACCUAUUUCUCACAAGAUGAGUUUGGACCUUUGGAGGGCAACAAUCUGCUACCACAGCUAGCUGAUUUCAAUGCCUGCUUUCCCGGACUUGUUGUCGGCCGCGGCCAUCUUUUCCCCAUCCAAUCUGACCGCUACCGGGCCCCAGAGGUUCUGCUCGGCUGCGGCUGGUCAUACAGUGCUGACAUCUGGAAUUUCGGCCUCCUUAUGUGGAAUCUGCUGGAAGACAUCAACCUGUUCGGGGGGUCUGCUGGAGAGGGCGGAGAAUACGAUGCACACGUCCGCCUUUCUUGGAUGGUUUCUCUCCUGGGAGAACCGCCCGAGGAAGUGAUCCAGAGGGAGCGAUUUUCUCGUACACACCAUCUCGAGAGGCCAGUCAUGAACCUAUGCGGCAAGGAGUGCAAGACGAUGAACCAAUAUUGGGGGGGACCUUUUUUCGACGACGAGGGCCAAAUUCUCCGCAAGGACUUGCUUAGGGAAGGGAUGAAGUUGGCAGACACGGUGACGGAGCUGGCUGGCGAUGAGAAAGAGAUGUUUCUCGAUUUUGCUUCUGGCAUGCUCCAGUGGUUACCUGAAAAGAGGAAGACUGCCAAGGAGUUAUUGGAACAUCCCCUACUCGAAGAGAUUCACAAAAGUUAUCUGGAGGACCAAUCGGGGUCCAUAGAGUCUUAA